GUCACAUGCCCUGUGUGCGGGUGUGGGAGGUGGGCGGCGGUCAGGUGGCCGAGGUUCAGUCUCACAAGUACGGAGUUUCCUGCGUGGCGUUCUCCACCAACAGCUCCUACAUCGUCUCCGUGGGAUACCAGCAUGACAUGACAGUCAGUGUGUGGGACUGGAGGCUGAACGUUGAAGGUUUGCGGAGGGCUCGUCAGGGCAGGUACGUCGCCGUUCGCCUCGCAGCGGCGUUCUUAACAUGUGACAUGAGCUCCGUCUGCUGACCUGUAGUUUCUCUGAAAUCCCAAAUAUUUCCACACUGCUGAUUUAUUCCCGAGAAAAUCCUCGCCGUCUUUCUCCUGGCUGUUGCCAUCAUCUACC